AUGGAGGAACCCAACCCAAAUGCAAUAUAUGCUCAAGUCAACGUGGCUCUGAAGCGAAAGAAUCGGAGAAACAGCACCAGCAAAGGAGACAGUGGUGGUGAGGAGGGUGGGAGAAAGAGACCGGUGCCACCACAGCGACCGCUGCCAACACCUCCACCUGCUUACUUGGGCAAGAAGCCACCCGUAGCCUCCAAGAAACCGUCUCUCCAGUCCAGAGGAGAAAAAACAAACUCGACCGCUCCCGAGCACACCCAUCUCUCCUCCUCCUCCUCUUCCUCCAAGCCCCCAACUCUACCGAAACCACCAACUAUCCCCAAGAAAGUAUCGCAGGUUCUCGCCGACAAGAAGAGAAAGAUUGUCCCGCCAAAGCCCAUCCCCUACCACAUAUACAUCAAGGCCAAGGAGAAGAGAGUGUUUAGCAGCAGUAGUGGUCCGGGGAGGCAGAGGGAGGAGGAGAAAGAGAACAACAGACCGUCUUCUUGUGACAGAGACUCUGACAGUGACAGCUCCAAUGAUAGCUAA